AUGUCAAAUAAAGUUGUUAUUGAUACUGAACAAAUUUCUGAUGUUGUAAAAGAACAACAAUAUGUUCAUGAAGUUUAUCAAGCCAUCGCACCACAUUUUAGUCAAACGAGAUAUAAGCCUUGGCCUUUAGUUGAGUUAUUUCUUAAAGAAUUGGACGUAGGAAGUUUAGGAGCUGAUAUAGGAUGUGGGAAUGGUAAAUAUUUAGAUGUUAAUAAGAAUGUGUUUAUGAUUGGGAGCUCCAAAUUAAUUGAUAUUUGUGUAUCCAGAAAAUUUGAAAGUAUCGUUUGUGAUGCUUUAAAUUUGCCAUUUCGAAAUGAAUGUUUCGAUUUUAUUAUUUCUAUUGCCGUAAUUCAUCAUUUUACAACACCAGAAAGAAGAAUUGCUGCAAUUGAGGAACUUUUUCGAAUCGUAAAACCGGGUUCACUUGUACUUAUAUAUGUUUGGGCUUUAGAACAAGAUGCACGUCGUAAAUUUGAUAAGGAACAUCAAGAUGUAAUAGUUCCGUGGGUUAUUCCUGCAUCCAAAAAUGAUCCGGAUAGAAAAGAAGAGGCUAUUUAUCAGAGGUAUUAUCACUUGUUUAAAAAAGGUGAAUUAGACAAUCUUAUUUUAAAUACCGGAAAAGCACAAAUAAUCAAGACUGAUUAUGACAAAGAUAAUUGGUAUGUUGUUGCAAGAAAGAAAUCAUGCAAUAAAUAA